AUCCAGUUUGUAGCGGACUAAUAUCCAGACCCCACAAUGACCGCAACUCAGAGGGAAGUGCUGAGGAACACUCUUGACAACCUCACGGGGACCGAAUUUAAGAGGUUUAAGCACGACCUUCAGGACCAGGGCCAAAUUGCAUCGGGAAAGCUGGAGAAGGCCGACACAGAUGACACUGUGGACUGGAUGGUGCAGGUGUACAGCACGGGAGCUGGGGACGUAAUGUUGACCAUCUUGAAGAAGAUGAACCACAACCAGUUGGCCAAGGACUUGGAGAGACAUCUGGAAGAAUUGGGAGGCCAGCAGUGUUCCCCAGAUCUGGCCGGAGUGGGUGGAGGGGUCAAGGUGAACGCCACUGCUCACUCUGGAGGGAUGGUAAAUGCCCCAGCCGUGACUGGCUGCACCAUCAGAGGCCCUGUCACCUUCAACUUUGGACGAAGCCCCAUGCCACAGCAAGAAGAGGUGGGAGGGGAACAGUGUUUCCCAUGUCUGGUCAGAAAGGAUGGUGGGGUGAAAGCAGACAUCACUGCUCACUCUGGAGGGAUGGUGGACGCCCCAGCCUUGAGCAGAGGAUCACUCAUGCCACAACAAGGAGAGGAUGGCAAUGCAGCAGAGGAGGUUAAAAAGAGGAAAGCAUCACUAAAACUGAAGCUUCAGAAACACCUGAAAAAAAGGUUUUCUGUUGUACAUCAAGAGUCUGGAGAUUACAAAGUACAAGAUAUCUACACUGAGCUUCACAUUGUAGAGGGCAGCACAGGUGGGGUCAGCAAUGAACAUGAAGUGUCGACAAUUGACAUGAGACAGAUUGGGACUCGACCAAGCUCUGAUGAUAAGCAAGUCAAAUUGGCAAACAUGUUCACAGACUCUGCCACAAAUGUUUUGACUUUGGGAAUUGCUGGCGUGGGGAAAACUAUUGCAGUGCAGAAGUUUGUCAUGGACUGGGUUGAGGAAAAAGCAAAUCAAGAUAUAGACUUUGUUUUUGUUCUUCCAUUUCGGGAGUUAAACUUGAGGAAAGGUGAACACUACAACUUUCUUGAUCUUCUACAUUUGUUCUACCCUUAUCGGAAAGAUUUGGAAAACAUCCCUGACUUGAGUGAAUGCAAAAUUCUUUUUGUCCUUGACGGUUUGGAUGAAAGUAGACUUCAGCUGGACUUUGGCAAAUGGAUUUGUGAGCUUGAAGCAGAGUCAACAGUAGACCUACUCAUAACAAGUCUCAUUAAAGGUACGCUAGUGCCCUCUGCACUCCUCUGGGUUACAACCAGACCAGCUGCAGCCAGUCAGAUCCCAGAAGACUGCUUCAACUUGGUGACAGAGGUUCGAGGAUUCAAUGACCUUCAGAAGGAUGAGUUCUUUCAGAACAACAUAGAGAAUCCAGAGAAGGCUAAGAGACUCAUUGACCAUAUCAACAAGAAUAGAAGCCUCCACAUCAUGUGUCACAUACCAGUAUUCUGCCGUAUUCUAGCCAAUGUGGUGGAAAAAAUACUGGAAUGUCAGAGCAAAAAAGAAUCAGCCAAAACUUUGACAGAAUUGUACACAUUGUAUAGUGUCUCUCAGAUAAAAAGAAUGGAUGACAAAUACUCAGAGGACAAGAAGAUGAGUGCAGAGGAAAAAGGACAGUUCCUUGUUAAACUUGGGAAAUUGGCAUUCAAACAUCUGGACAAAGGCACCCUGAUCUUCUAUGAAAAGGACCUGGCAGAGUGUCACAUUGAUGUAAAUUGGGGAGCACUGCAGGCUGGAGUUUGUACACAGAUCUUCAACAUGGCAAGUGGUUCAACUGGAGAGAACGUGUUCAGCUUUGUGCAUCUCAGUGUACAGGAAUUCUUGGCAGCACUUUUUGUUCUUCAUAAAGGUGUUCAUUGGGCAAAUCCCUUCCUCAAGACAUGGAAAGAGAAGAUCAGCUGGUGGUUCACACACACAAGGUUUGACCUUUACAGAUUUGCUCUGGAAAAGGCCCUGCAGAGCCAGAACGGACAUUUGGAUCUUUUUGUCCGUUUCCUCCUCGGCCUGGCUCCAAUGUUGGAGCCAGAAAUGCGGUCCCCCCUGGAUGUGGUGCUUCCACAGUUAGCUAUCAGAGAAGUGAGCAUCAAGAAAACAGUUCAAUACAUCAAAAAGAAGAUCAGGAAAGAUAUCUCACCAGAACGGAUCAUCAACCUCUUCCACUGUUUGAAUGAGUUAGGGGACAACUCUCUGGUUGAGGAGAUCAACAGGUACAUAAACUCAGCAGAUGAGAAGAAGAACCUGACUCCAGCCCAGUGUUCAGCUUUGGCUUAUCUGCUGCUUAUGUCAGCUAAAGACUUGGAUGAGUUUGAUCUGAAAAAAUACCUGAAAUCAGAGGAAGGGCUCCGCAGACUGCUUCCUGUAGUGAAAGUCUCUAGGAGAGUUUGGCUAAAUCAGUGUCACCUCUCCAAAGCAAGCUGUGAAAUGAUGGCAUCAGUGCUGCAAGGGACACCUUCCCAUCUGAGAGAACUGGACAUGGGUGGGAAUUACCUGCAGGAUGAAGGAAUGGAGCUACUGUGUGUGGGACUAAGAGAUCCACAAUGCAAGAUGGAGACACUGAGGCUAAAUCGGUGUGACUUUUCAAAAGCAAGCUGUGAAAUGAUUGCAUCUACACUACAAGGGACACCUUCCCAUCUUAGAAAACUGGACAUGAGUGAGAAUGAAUUGCAGGAUGAAGGAAUGAAGCUGCUCUGUGUGGGACUAAGAGACUCACAAUGCAAACUGGAGACACUGAGGCUAAAUCGGUGUGACCUCUCCAAAGCAAGUUGUGAAAUGAUGGCAUCAUUGCUGCAAGGGACACCUUCCCAUCUGAGAGAACUGGACAUGAGUAACAAUUACCUUCAGGAUGAAGGAAUGGAGCUGCUCUGUGUGGGACUAAGAGAUCCACAAUGCAAGAUGGAGACACUGAGGCUAAAUCGGUGUGACCUCUCAGAAGCAAGCUGUGAAAUGAUUGCAUCUACACUACUAGGGACACCUUCCUAUCUGAGAGAACUGGCAAUCAGUGGAAAUAAACUGCAGGAUGAAGGAGUGGAGCUGCUCUGUGUGGGACUAAGAGAUCCACAAUGCAAGAUGGAGACACUGAGGCUUAAUCACUGUCGACUCUCUAAAACAAGCUGUGAAAUGAUGGCAUCAGUGCUGCAAGGGACAUCUUCACAUCUCAGGGAACUUGACAUGAGUGACAAUGACCUGAAGGAUGAUGGAAUGAAUCUGCUCUGUGUGGGACUAAGAGAUCCACAAUGCAAGCUGGAGACACUGAGGUCAGUUAUGAGGCAUAUAAGAAAGGCUCAAUAGGUGAAAUUCAAUAGCAAUUCCUCAGAAAUGU